AUGCUGUAUGGACUACCAAUUGCGCUUACACCUUCUGUAUGGUAUCGAGAUAGGGAUAGUUUAAAGUUAGGUGAAGUAAAUCGAUAUAAAAUUACUUACACUCGUCAAGAUCCGAAUAUCACCAAAAUUUAUUUGGUGUUGAAAAAUAUGGAAAGUCCUGCUAUUAGACCUAUGCAUCUCCUAAAUGGUCCCUUUAUUCUUUACACCCAUGUUGUGCCAUGUAAUUAUGAUAGAAGGAAACCCUUCAUUCCUGAAGAUCCGGAAAAUAAUGAAGUUUUAUUUGAUAAUCAAUUACAACCAAAUCAAAAAUUUAAAGCUACUUUAUGUCUAAAUGAAAAUUCACAAUUAUCAGAAGCUGGUUCUUCUGGUGAACAGAAAUUUCAAUGGGAAGUAGAUGUUGUAUCUCAAAUUGCAAUUAGUCGGAAGUCAAAGAUUUCUUAUGAUUUAAUGAUAGGUGAGGAUUUGACCAGUAUCAAGAAAUUGGGAUUAGGAAAACUCCGUGGUACUUUGAGCCGCAUGAGUUCUUUUAAUUCUGCCAACUCGACCAUAUCAAGCCGUUGUGUAGAGGAUAGCGGGAAAGUGACACAACAGGAAGAUAUGAAACAUGUAAUUUAUAAUCCACAAUUAGAUGUCACAAAGUUAACUACUGAAGAAAUGUGGGACAAUAAACCAAAAGACCCUCAGAAGCCAGUCCAUUUAGUGUUGAUCACCCAUGGGCUUUUUUCCAAUGUUACAGCCGACAUGUUAUAUAUUAAAGAAACUUUAGAAUCAUCAGUGAAAGAAAACAUUCUCGUUCGAGGAUAUAGAUGGAAUGCUGGUUUUACUGAACGUGGGAUCCGAAAAUUAGGUAAGAAUGUAGCAUUAUAUGUGAUAUCACUAAUCGAAAGUGGGCCAUAUACCAUUGACAGAAUAUCAUUUAUUGCUCAUUCAUUAGGUGGUCUAGUACAAUUCUAUGCUAUAAAAUACAUUGCACUUCAUAAAGGAGUUGACUAUUUUGAAAAAUACGGGAUCCAAUUGGAAAAUCUAAUCGCAAUGGCAAGUCCAUUAUUGGGAAUAUUGAAUGAGAUUAGUUUUGUGAUAUCAUGGGUCUUGGAUAUAGGGACAUUAGGAAGAACUGGACGUGAAUUAACUUUAUCUAAAAGAAUACCGACAUUUGGUGAUGUGAGUGUAGGAGGUCAAAAGAAAUCAUUUAAACCACUUUUGGAAACCUUACCAGAUGACCCAUUGCAGACAAUUUUGAGUAAAUUUAAGCAUUUGACGGUCUAUGCCAAUGCAAUUAAUGAUGGAAUAGUACCUUUGAGAACGUCAGCGUUGUUAUAUUUGGAUUAUCAGGCAUUAGGUGAAGUGUCACAAUUGAAAAGAAAAGAAGCUAUACCAGAGCAUCCUGAACUUGAAGAUCCACAUCAUCCAGUAGAAUUAAAUGAAUCCACUGAAAGUGUAUCCGAAGUGCAACAAGAUGAAGAUCUCGAUACUCAAUUUACAAGUGCCAAGGCAGUUGCUGAUCCUGCUGUACCUAGUAAAACCGGCAAAAAUCCGCCACCAGGUCGCAUGAAGGACAUUUACAAAGAAUUAUCAAAAUUCUAUUCCCUGCCAAAGGAUGAUAGUCGAAAACCUUCAAGAAGACAAAAGAGAUAUGCAAAGUUUACACUAAAGGGAUCCGAUUAUAAUCUAUUUGAAGAUGUCCUACCUGAAGAUGCUGUGUCAGAUUCUUUAUCCGAUCCCCUUGCAUCUUCUUCGAUGUCAUCCAAUUCCACAGACUUUAGUGAAAUCACAGUUCCACCUCGUGCAUCUGCAAUAGCGUCAGCCAUUAGUGUUUUAAUCUGUCCAGUCCCAUCACAGGAAUACAUAUUCAACCCAGAUCUGAGAAAGAAUGUCAUAUUCCAUGACAAGUAUUAUCAUUUCAGUAAUAGCCCGGAAGAAGAUCCACGAGCUUCCAGUAAGAAAAUAUAUAAUAAACUUUUAAACUAUCUUGGAGAUCGUAAACUUCAAAAACAAGUAAAGAUUGCAAAUAAGUUACAUUCUAAUAAAUUAACUUGGAGAAAAGUUUUGGUUAAUCUUCCUCCGGAUGCACAUACUAAUAUUAUAGUUAGACGUAGGUUUCCAAAUGGAUAUGGAUGGGGUGUCAUUGAUCAUUUAUGUGAAAAUUUCUUUGAUUGUAACGGUGAUGAAGGGGAUGGUGGCUAUGACAAGAAUUUAAGGGCCAAGAUAUAA